CAUGCAUUUGACAGCUGAUUUGUGCAACAUGCUGAAAUUGAAAUAAAUUCAUAAUAAACUUUAUCAAGAAAAUAAUACAAUUCAUAGCUUGUUUAUAGUAACAAAAAUAGUUUCAGUUAAAUAGCGUGACAAAUAAUAAUAAAACAAAAUGGCUCGCGGAAAGGAUAAAAAGAAACGCAAAUUGGAAAAGAAACAAGAGGGAGACGAAGGACCAAAGAAAGUUCCCCACACAUUGGAAUCGCUCCGUGAAAAAGAUGAAACUAUGUUGGCACAUGCUGAAGCAGAAGAACAAGAAGAGGCACAAAAAGAUAUGGAACUAGAUGAAUUGUCUUCAUAUUUUGAAAACAGCUAUGAGCCCAAGGUUCUGAUAACAUACUCUGACAACCCACACUCAAAGACUAGAACAUUUGGCAAAGAGCUGAGUAGAAUGAUACCCAAUUCUUUAUCACGGUAUAGACAAAGGUCAUCAGUAAAAAGGAUAAUCCAGUCAUCUAUCAGGGAACAAGUAACUGACGUCAUAAUAAUAAACGAGAAUCAGAAGCAACCUAAUGGUUUUUUACUAAUCCACCUCCCAAAUGGACCCACAGCACAUUUCAGAUUAUCCAGUUGUAAAAUCACUAAGGAACUCAAAAAGGAUCAUAAGGAAAUUACAACACACAGACCAGAGGUGAUACUCAACAACUUCAGCACGCGGCUGGGGCUGACGGUGGGGCGCAUGCUCGGCGCGCUGUUCCACUACGAGCCGCAGUUCCGCGGCCGCCGCGCCGUCACCUUCCACAACCAGCGCGACUACAUCUUCUUCAGGCACCAUCGGUACGAGUUUACUCCAGACGGCAAACGCGCCAAGCUGCGCGAGCUGGGGCCGCGCUUCACGCUGAAGCUGAUCUCGCUGCAGCAAGGCACCUUCGACUCCAAGCGCGGCGACUACGAGUGGAUCAUCGCCGGCCGCCGCCACCAGAUGGAGACGUCCAGACGACGCUUCUUUUUAUAGAUUAAUAAAAUUAAUUAUCUACGCGAA